CAAUAAUUUCUAUGUGUUUUCAAGUUCCAACUCUACAUCGCCUGCUACCUCUAUACUUUCCUAAUGGAAUGCUCACAAAAAUCAUGCAAGAACAUAGUUCCCGAGCAAGACAUUGGUAGAAAUGGCCUGCCAUACAAGAUGUGUUCCUCCUGUAGAGAAAAAGCAAGAAUGGCUGUCACUGCACACCAAACAAAAAGGAGAGGUGACGAACACACAGAUCCACCUCCACGUCAGGCACCUGCUCUGCACCAGGAGACUACAGACGAGGUGGGUAGACUUACUGGAGAAGGGACCCCUGAGGUCAUACCUCCAAUACCUGAAAGGCAUGACAGUUCAGACGAGGAUGGCCCUGGAACUGCCGUAAAAGUCUAUGAAAACAGUAACACAUUGUUUUGCGCACUCCAAGAAGACUUCAAGAGCAGAGAGAGUGUGAGCUUCUUCAGCAGCUACCAGCUUGCAGAAGAUCCAUUUGUCGAUGAUAAAAAAAGAGUUGAGAUGACCAUUUCCUGGGCAUACCUCUGGGAGAACUGGUACAGGCUAGGGCGAUGGGAAUUGUGGGCACAAUCAUAUCAUGACGAGAUUCCAGUGCUCAAGACCACAAUGAUUCUAGAGAGCCAUUGGCGUCGUAUCAAACAUGACAUUCUUCACCAUUUUCACAAGCCGCACGUUGACCUUCUGGCAUGGGUCCUUGUCAUGAAGCUGGCGCCUACCUAUUAUCGCAAGCUAGACCAUUUGAUGGAUAACAAAGGCCGAUAUUGUGAACUUGCAUUGUGGCGCAAGGCAUUCAAGUGGGACUGGAAAUGGGUGGCAACAACCCCAAUUACUAUGCCGUUGAACAAUAAAUACAGACCGAACACACUCACCUGGCAUCUUGUUCAAGAUGUCCAUGCUGUCCCCCCCUUGUUCUUACUUGAGGUCAAGCGUAAUCAAACAACGCUGUUCUGGAAGCAUCCAGCGCUCAUUUUGCUGGACACUCCAACCAGCCAUUUGAAUAGUGAUGACACCGUUUUGCUGACAAACAUGGCUGCUGGACAAGGGGAUUCAGACAUCCGAGAUGAUAAGGAGUCAGAUGAUGAAGGAAUUAUUGACGUCGGAGGGAUGGAGAAUUGGUCUGUAGGUGAAACAAUGGUGACUCGUGCAAAAUUACUGCGGGAUUUUGCAGACAGUAUCCUCUACCAGGCGCAAUUUAAUGACCAUCGAUGGGGGGAGAGCUUGGAGCGGGAGGGGGCAUGCUUGUUUCAGCUCGCCAGUCAUUGCCUUGAGCAUGAGCGUCAAUUCAACUCGACAAGGGGAACUUCACCAACGACGUGGGAGAAGGCAACAACAAGCGCGAUGUAUUACCGCACACACCCACCAUGCGCAGAUGCCUUGAGUUGA